AUGUUCGCACUUCCACGUUGCGUUUACGCGAUGGCCGAAGACGGACUUAUCUUCAAGACUUUCGCACAAGUGAAUGACAGAACUCAGGUGCCGCUGAAUGCUGUGGUCGUGUUCGGUGCCGCCACUUCUAUUAUAGCAUUUCUGUUUGACAUCGAAACACUGGUAGAAUUUUUGUCAAUCGGAACACUCCUCGCAUACACUAUCGUUUCGGCCUGCGUGAUCGUGUUGCGCUAUCGGCCAACGGUUAACGAAAUUAAUAUGACUGAAGGAAACGGUGGCCGAAUAAAGUCGUGGGCACCAGGCCAGCGCUGGCUGAAUAUUCUUGAGCCAGGCAGACUGGUGACGUGGUGUGUUUUCACGAUGAUAAUCGGUGAUGCCGGUAUCAGUACAGUAUUCGCCACCGGAUUUGCACAGAGCUCGCUGGGUCGGAUAUCAGCAUUCGCUUUCGGAUCGCUCUCUGCUGUUGCUUUCCUCUUGAUCUGCUUCCAUCAUCAAAAUGAUGCCCAAAUUUCGUUCAGGGUUCGUUGCCCCGAACAUUCCUAG